AUGUCAUUUGUACAGAUUGCUACAGCUUUAUUAGCUGCUACUGGUGUUGUCGCUAGUCCAUUUCGGUUGACUCAGCGGAGUUACCUCGGAUUCGACUACAACACUGAAAAGGUCCGUGGUGUAAAUCUCGGUGGUUGGUUUGUUUCCGAACCUUUCAUUACUCCAUCGCUUUAUAAUAUUUCUGGCGACCCACCAAUUGAUGAGUACCAUCUUGCUCAAGCUUUGGGUUCAAAUGCUCAGUCUGUUCUCUCUCAACACUGGAACACUUGGUACACUGCCGACGACUUUGCCACUAUAGCCAGCUAUGGUCUCAACCAUGUUCGUAUCCCAAUUGGUUAUUGGGCGUUCCAGCUGCAGCCUGGUGACCCAUAUGUUCAGGGCCAAGAACCAAUUUUAGACAAUGCCAUUGAAUGGGCUCGUAACAACGGUCUCAAGGUUUGGAUCGAUAUCCACGGUGCCCCUGGUUCUCAAAAUGGUUUUGACAACUCUGGUCAACGUGAUGUUCUCAACUGGCAAAACGGUGACAAUGUUCAAGCCACUUUGGACGUUGUCAAGUAUGUCGCUCAAAAAUAUGGUCAAACUGACUAUAAUGAUGUUGUUGUUGGAAUUGAGUUAGUAAAUGAGCCUUUGGGCCCUUCUCUGGACAUGUCUGGUAUUGAGCAAUACUACAAUGACGGAUGGAGUGCUGUCCGUGACGCUGGUUCCGAUACUGGUGUUGUUAUUCACGACGCUUUCCAACCUCUUGGAUUCUGGAACCAAUUCAUGACCACGCCAAACUACUGGAACGUCGUUCUUGACCACCACCAAUACCAGGUUUUCUCUUCUGGACAGCUUCAAAUGAACAUUGGCCAACACAUUGCUGCUGCUUGUAGUAUUGGUGGUCAAACUCAAAGCGAGUACUUGUGGAGAGUCACUGGAGAAUGGUCUGCUGCUCUUACUGAUUGUACUCCUUGGCUCAACGGUGUUGGACGUGGCUCUCGUUACGAGGGUCAAUAUGACGGUUCUCCUUGGAUUGGUUCUUGUGCUGGUAACGAUGACGAAAUCCCUGCCUGGCCUCAAGAGCGUCAACAAAACACCCGUAGAUUCAUUGAGGCCCAAAUGGAUGCCUACGACCAAGGUACUGGUUGGAUUUUCUGGACCUUCAAGACUGAGCAAUCUCCCGAGUGGGAUUUGAGACGUCUUGUGGACGGUGGUCUUUUCCCUCAACCACUGACCGACAGACAGUAUCCUAACCAAUGCAACUUCUAA